CUUCGUUUAAGAAUUCCUGUUAGAAGAUUCCUUCCAUUAGAAGCUAUUCGAUUUAUUCCAGCUUUUGCAGGAAACAUUCAACUUAAAGUAAAGUUCAGUAGCGACGCCUUACAAUGCACAUCUAUAUCUGUAAAUGAUAUCAUUGCUUUCAAUCCAACUCUUAAAGUUGCAUUUGCUUCAGAUUCAAAUUCACCGACAAAUAAAUUUGUUCCAUGGAAUGAACCAUUCACUAUGAUAACGAAGGCAGUAGAAGCUAGUGGAACAGUUACUAUUACAACUGUAACCCAGCAACUAUUUCGAACAAAGAUGGAUUUUAAUGAAUGUUUCAUUCAUCCAAAAUCAUUCUCUUUAGACCCUAACAUUUAUACAGAACUUGUAGAACAUUAUACAAACGAGGCUUUAUGUUUUCCUGUUAAA